UGGUGAGAAAUCUGGCCAAUUCUGUUGCCUUUGCUCUAAACUCUGUCUGGACAUCUUUAGGAAGAGAAGUUUGUUAUUAUGUAUGAAACUGAUGUUUUGAAAUUACUAUUCUUAGAGUAGAAGGUGGGAUUAGAGGAUUUCCAGGCAAAAGAAGUCAUCCGAUCAAGGUUCUGCUCGCUUGUUGGUAUAAUUUCCCUCAACAUACAUCAUGACAGAAGUUCCAGUGACCUUCCGUGGGGCUGAGUGCAAUGGAGAUACACCACCUGAAAAUGGGCAACAACCAACCACUAAAAUCAAAGACGAAGCAUCCCCUGCUGAUGGCACACCACCCUACUACAGCGUGGACCCUCGUCUUGGAGAUGAACCCUUAGAAGAGCCUCAGGGGGGAAGUGAAACAUCACAACGGGCUCUGGUGGUCAACUCAUCCCUGGAUGAGACGCUCCUUCAAGAAAACAGAGAAGAGAACCUCUUUAUUGUUCAUAAGGCUAUUACAGACCUUUCCCUCCAAGAAACGAGUACUGAGGAAAUGGCAUUCAGAGAAGGGCAUCAGUGGGAGACGAUUCCUCCAAGCAGCAAGGAGCAAGAAAUAGUUAGACAGACGGAAAGGAUUUGUGAAAAACCCAUGGGAGUAGGAGAAGAAGCUAGAAAGAACACAGCCUACCAGACAACUGAAAUUGAAUGGCUGGGAUUUCAAACACCCAACCAAGUCGGUGUGUUGCCUUCUGAACAUGACCAGGAGCAAGAGAGUUGGGAUGAAGAGACUAAUGAUGAUGAUGAUGAUGAUGAUGAAGAUGAAGUUCGUGUGAUAGCGUUUAAGAAAAAAAGUGAAGACGGGUCUCAAUUAAAAGAUGAUGGCGAUGCGACUGAGGACUCCCCUCUAAGCAGCCCUAGUUCCCAACCUGUGACACCAGAAGAGCAUCCGACCUUGGGGAAAAAGAAUGACAUCUCUCGGAAUGCUUACUCCCGAUACAACACAAUAUCCUACCGGAAAAUCCGCAAAGGGAACACCAAGCAGAGAAUCGAUGAAUUCGAGUCAAUGAUGCAUCUAUAAACUAACUGGAACUCAGACAUUCUCAUGUGCUAAAAGCAAAGGUUACUUCUUUUUUUCCCCCCUGGAUGCCUUUUUUUGAGUAAUUCUCUUUAAAACAUGGAAGCUUACUCCCUGUUUUGCUGUAAAAUAAUGCGGGAAUAACCCUAGAAAACAGUCAGUCUGGUAACAUCCAAUCAAGAAGCAUUAAAUUCACUCGAGGCAUUUGCUCUUAAAAACUUUAUUAAUAAAACCCUAUGGAGCAGACACUGACUUGUCAGCACCCCAGGGCAUCCUUCAUGAUUUGCUCUUAAAAAGUGGCAAGGUUUGGAAAUGCAGUCAUCAGGUGCAAGAGAUGGCUUCUUGAAAUGACCCCCAUCUUUCUCCUGAGGUCUUUCUUGAUGGAUGUCCCAGGCAAGGGAAGGUCUGCAGUGAGGAUGGCAAUACACUUUUCAGAAGGCUUAAAAUGAAUAUUUUAAGGGGUUUUCCUUGGCAUCUACAGAGUGAAAUUCUUCAGGUCUCCCAGGUGUUACCAUACACUGAAUUGCUCUGCAAGGGCUGAGCAGUCAUCAGCAGGGAGAAUUCUGUUAGCUAAAUGUUGGCUUUAAGCUAGCAAGCUGAAUUACACCAUUGUGAGGCUGGUACAAAGGAGGAGCCAGGAAAUUGGUGGGCAAUGUACUAAAGAGGUGUAUCCAAUCGUUUUGCUUCUAUGACUGAAAAUAAAAUCUUGCCUGCAACAGUUGAAGUCAUUCAAAAUGAAAAAUGCCAGUCUUAUCACACUUUUAAGAAACAACUCUUCUCUAUUACCAUACUUUCCUUUAUUAACAGUUUCUCCGAAUAAUUUUCUUUCCUUAGAAACCUGGGACAUCUGUAGUCAGAACUGUACUAGUUACUAUGAAUGUGGAAAUAAUUAUCUUAGAAUAAUUUCAAAGUAGAGUGUAAGGAUAUAUUUUGGGUAACAAAGUUCUGAUAGUAGUUGGGAAUAUUUAAUUUAUGGGACUUCAGCCCAAAUCAAGAUAUUUAAAAAUGUGGUGAUAGAGCGUCCCUCAAAUCAGCAUUUCAAAUAAUGUAUAUUUAUGAAAAGGGAGAGUAUAUUUCUAUUCUUACUUUGUUGCACAAUUUUUGAUUUCAUGCUUUCAUAUAUAUGAACUCUUGUCACCACAGAUAAAUAUAUUUUGGUGGGCCUUUCAAAUAAAAGGACAAUUCCUUAUUGUCUGAAUGUAAUAGGGUCAUUGUACUCUUCUACCCUUUGUUUAUUUCUUUCUCAUUUUGUGAAAAACCCUGGCUUAGCCUUUCAUAGAUCAUUGCUUACUUAUGUGUAACAAAUCCCACACUCUCUAAUGGCAAUUUCUUCUAAUUCUUCCUGGUCACUUAAUAUAUUUCCACAGUAUCAUAUACUGUUAGUUUUAAAAGACUCAAUUUUGAGAUCAGGACCUAGCACUCCUUCUAUGCCUUCAGAGAACUAACAAAUGAGCUAUAUAGAAAUUCUUAACCCGGAACCUGUAGGCUUUAUCCCCCACAAUGCAACUUUUUAGAAUGCAUCCUAAGGUCUCUCUUGCCAAAACCAGGGAGAAGAUUGGUGCACUAAGAUAAUUUCCUGAUUAAUACAGAUCUUCCAAAUCCUUUCACUUGGACACCCUAAGUUCGCUAUUUGGAUUAUUGAUAACCCUUAUAAUUUUCAACUUCACUUCAAAUUCGAGCAUGUGACUGCACCACAUUGUGAGGCUAACCUCGAUACAAUGUGCAUGUUGACUUGUUCCCGUAGAACUUUACAGAGUUGUGAAGGAAGUCUAUGCCAUAGGAAAGCAACCCAUUCGUAUGGGUUUUUAACUCAUAGGAACCCUGGUCUUUCUGGCUUUGUACUCUGUUAGAUGAUUAACCAUAGUGAAACUGUCUUGUUAACAAAUAUUAUUUCAGAGUAUAUUCAGUCAGCAAAUGCUUAAGGCGUAUGGGUGAAGCAAUGAAGUUGCAAAUGACCACUGAAACUAUCCUUUGCCAUUGGUACUCAUUGUCCUACUGUCAUCUUACACCAAGGCCCUAGAGUUAAAUAACCUUAAGCAGCAUGAUGGUGAUGGAGGCUGUUAGGUUGUUUUUAACCUAGGAGUGACAGGGGUCUCCUUCAGUUGGCAAGGGGACAUUUCGAUUGUUUGAAGCUCCAGAGGGAACUUGGAAACUUCCAUGGUCCAGGAAUGGAGAGAAGGGCUUUCAUGCCACGUAGGUAGAAUAUGGGGUUCUGAUAUUUCCCUGCAUGACUUUUUGUUUUCCUUAGCUGUGGGAGGAACAAGAAUUAAUAACAGUUCUAUUUCUCUGGCAGUAUAAAUUUACCUUUUACAUAACACUAUCUUGAAUGCACAGAAUAUAUGUUAAAAACAAAACUCACUGCCAUCAUAUAGAUUCCAAUUCAUAUUCAUGCAUGCAUAUAUAUACACAUAUAUAUAACACUUUAAGUAAAGUAACACUCUGUCCAAUUUGUGUUCAAUAAAAGAUUGUGUUCUGA